AUGUUCCUAAAUAUUCUAGCCGAUAUCCUCCCGCUAUACCGGUCGCGACGAUAUGAUCUGGGAGCAUUCGGUCGAUGGCCUCACCAGUUGUACCACUCAUCUAGGGCGGUCGGGCCCAUCCUGAACAUCCAUGAUGAAAGCGAAGAAUGUUACAACGAUCGGAUCUAUGCCACUGCGCCGUACUGGGGCGGGCAAGUGAACGUGCCUGGUGUGAUGCUGCUCAAUACAAAAGGUAAUCUCGUCUGGCACAGCACUGGAUAUGGCACAGCAGGCAUACAAUCACAUCUAGGAGAAGACUACAUUGUCUCUCUUGCUAAGACUCGAAUAAACUCCUGCUACGAGGAAGUGUACCAAAUCCUUCCUGGAAACGGGUGGCAGCUUGAUGCACAUGAGUUGACUCUGAGCCCCUUGGGGACAGCGCUGCUGGUUAUCAAUGGCGUCGUCCCUGUGAACCAAACGGCUUUCCAAGCACCACACGAGGUCGAAUUCAUCCUCGAUGCAGGGUUCCAGGAGAUAGACAUUAAAACCGGAGAUGUAUUGUUUGAAUGGCGGGCUUCAAAUCAUUAUAGCUCUGAAGAGUACUAUUAUUUCCGGCCGGGCGAUGGCAGAAGCGAGAAAACCGCGCCGGAUCUGUUCCAUAUAAAUCGUAUUGAAAAAGACGAUCUCGGCAACUAUCUCAUCUCGUGUCGAAUGAUGAGCUCUGUCGCAUACGUGGAUGGUCGGACAGGAGCUGUGAUCUGGAAACUUGGAGGAAAAGCGAAUAUGCUCAAAGAUCUAUCAGGCGGCACAGCGACCAACUUCAAUGGACAGCAUCAUCCCCGAUUUCAUGAUAACGGCCGAAUCGUUUCCUUCUUCGACAACGGGAAUUGCCCUGGUCGCCCUGCGACGGGUCCGACUCGAGGUCUGGCGGCUAUCUUAGACACAGAGAAGACGACACAUGAAUACAUCAGUCCAAACAGUGUCUUAACAGAUAGCAGCGGGUCAAUGCAGAUCUUGGAAACCGGCAAUGUGGUUCUCGGGUUUGGUCCCAACGCGAACUGGGCCGAAUAUGCCUCAAACGGAUCUCUCUGCAAUUUUCAUAUGGGGCCCGAGACAUUCUUCAACAGUGGGGAAAUUCGAUCCUACCGGAUCUCGAAGAGUCCCUGGGUGGGUCGUCAGAAAAUGCCCGACAUUGCCGGGGAUAAGGGUCGCGUUUACGUCAGUUGGAAUGGGGCCACCGAAGUGUCUAUGUGGGCUUUGAAUGGCGUCGACACUGAGCAGGUCGGGGGAGAAUCAGUCCUCCUAGGGAAAUUCCCCAAAGACUGCUUUGGAAUUGGAAUUCCCCUUCCCGAACAUCCUACAAGUCGAUAUUUAUUUGUCGAUGCCCUGGACCAGGUGUCCUCGGGACAACCUUUACAGUACAGUGGUCUCCCACGCCAAGACAGGUUCUAUACCAGAGUCUUUAAAGCCUCGAAGAUGGAAAAAAAAGAAAAUCAAGCCCAUGUAUCAAACGGGGACGGUGUUUUAUUGUCCGGUCAACUAGAACAAAGUUGUCUCAUUGUCGAAAGCCGUCGCGUUAAUUGUAGUUUGUUGGCCCGCGAAGAUGGACCGAUUUUGAGGCUGCGAAGUCUUCCUUCAUAA